AUGUUUCCUCCAUCAUCAACUGGAUAUUUGGAUAUUGAGACAUUGAGUGGAAUAUUCGGCUCCAUUUCAAUCGCUUGCUGGGUGGUUGUUUUCUCGCCCCAGAUCAUCGAAAAUUUCCGUCGAGGAUCAGCAGAUGGCCUUUCCCUCCUUUUCCUGGUGGUAUGGCUGGCAGGCGAUAUAUUCAAUAUUCUCGGGGCAGUCCUUCAGGGGGUCCUGCCAACAAUGAUAAUCAUAGCUGUGUACUAUACAUUAGCUGAUAUAGCCCUACUUUCUCAAUGUUUCUAUUACAGGGGACUUACUAUCUCUGACAAGUGCACAAAAUGCAACAAUGCUGGCAGCACAACCCUAGGUGUUUUUCAGAGGGGAGAGGAAGAGGUGGAUAAUCCAUCUGCUCAUGGCCAGCCAUCGGCGCAUUCUCCCUUGCUGGCCAACGGCAACCACCAAAUUCCCGAAACCGGACAUUUAACAGCUCAUGGACCUGAGGACGAACGUGGAGGUGAACAUGGCCCUGAACACGAACAAGAGCGGGAACUAGGAUUUCAUCACCUCCACCACCACCACCACCACCAAUCAACCUUUUUACUUUGCCAACAAAACUCCACAUUGGAUGGCACCCAUUUGUCCCCGACAAUGCCGUUAUUGGAUCCCGGUAAACCGACCCCGACCGCCGCCAGCAAUACCACCGCUGCACCCCAAGCACAACCCCUCCAGCAUACCUCCACCAUACAAAUUGUUGCCUUCAACAUCUUCAGUGUUGCCCUCGUUUGUGCUGCAGGCGUGCUAGGCUGGUACGUCAGCUCAGGCUCGUCGCGGAGCAGGCGCAAAGACCGACUGCCAUCUGAUAGCCACUUCUCCUGA